AUGAGAGAUAUAGCAAAUAUACAUAUUCCAACAUCGACUUCAUCCCGAAGUGGACCGGUGUCUACAAAUUCAUGGGCUCCGGCAGUGACCACUGGAUUUGCUACACGAAGCAAAAUUCUUUUUGGUGUAUCUUUAACGGCCGGUAUAGUUGUCUGCUCUACAAUACUCCUUGUACCUAUACUUGUUACGCAUGGCGAAUAUGCGACAACCAUAGCAAUAACAAAGACCACAGCUAGUACAUCGACUAUCAAUACUACAUCGUCAUUUUCAUUCACAUUCACGUCCUCUACAACAUCAUCCACCAGCACGUUCUCCACAAUAACCUCAUCCACGAGCAGUUCGUCUACAACAACGUCAAUGGCUAACACGUCCUCUUCGACAACAUCUUCUUCCACAACAUCGUUCACCAGCAUAUCUUCUACAACAACGUCAUCGACCAGCACAUCCACUACAGCCACGUCCACUACAACAACGUCGUCAACCAGUACAUCCACUACAGCAACCUCCACUACAACAACGUCAUCGACCAGCACAUCCACUACAGCAACCUCCACUACAACAACGUCCUCGACCAGCACAUCCACUACAACAACGUCAUCGACCAGCACAUCCACUACAGCAACCUCCACUACAACAACGUCAUCGACCAGCACAUCCACUACAGCCACGUCCACUACAACAACGUCAUCGACCAGCACAUCCACUACAGCCACGUCCACUACAACAACGUCGUCAACCAGCACAUCCACUACAGCCACGUCCACGUCCACGUCCACGUCCACGUCCACGUCCACAACAACAAUAACAACAAAAGUCCAAUUAACAUUAACAAGUAUUGAUGGGAUAAUACAUGGUAUAUUUAAUACCAGUGUAGGUGGUAAUAGUAUGACAUCUACAUCAGGUUUUGACGUUGGCAAUUAUCCACCAGCUGAAUCACCCAACAAUGUAUGUGAUAAUAAUAUUAUGACGAAAUAUCUUAGUUUCGGCAGUUGUUCAGAAACAGAGCUCUUUGCGGCGUGUGGUUUAAAUACAGGCUUCUAUUUGGAGUUAUUGCAACAGUUCGUAUUAGUGACAGGAAUCCGCGUUUGUACAGCUACUGAUUAUCCAGAACGUGAUCCACUAGAGAUUUCACUGGAAGGAAGCAAUCGAACAGGAAUAUUUCUGACAUUAGGUUCGAGUUGGUCAUUAGUCUACAAUGGUAGCACUGGUCUCUCAGUAAAUCCUGGUCGAGGUAUCUGUGGAUCAGUUCAAUGGUUCACGAAUGCAAAUCAAUAUAAAAGUUAUCGAUUUCUUGUUUCAAACAAACGUGCAACAUCAAACAGUGUUCAAUAUUCUGAAGUGCAAUUAUUCACUUCGUAA